AUCUCAAAUGUGCAGUAUGCAUGUGGAAUUCAGAAGCUAACUUUCAGUCUUUGCACCUUCUGCUGGGUUUCAGGGAUUGAACUUGGGUUGUCAGACUUGGAUGUGCAAAAAAACCUGUUGAGCCAUCUUGCUAGUCCUUCUCUUUAAAACUCAGAACAAAUUGUGGUUACAUUAAAGAAUGGAAGGAAGAUCCCAUGUUUGAAGCAUCACAAUUUUAUUAAAGUUGGGAAAAGAGACAAUGGAUUUUUCUUCUUUUAUAGCAUGUUUGCUAAAAAAGCUGGUGCACAUUCAGUAUAUGCCUGUGAAUUAUCCAAGACCAUGUAUGAACUUGCCUGUGACGUAGUGGCUGCAAACAAGAUGGAAAAUGGGAUAAAGCUCCUACAUAUGAAGUCACUUGAUAUAGAAAUUCCAAAACACAUUCCUGAAAGAGUGUCCCUAGUUGUAACAGAAACUGUCGAUGCAGGUGUAUUUGGAGAAGGAAUUGUUGAGAGUUUAAUUCAUGCAUGGGAGAAUUUACUUCUUCAACCAAAGACCAAAGGAGAAAAUGAGAAUUUUGGGAAGUAUGGGAAAGUGAUACCAGCCAGUGCUGUUAUAUUUGGAAUGGCAGUCGAGUGUGCAGAGAUCCGAAGGCAUCAUAGGUGAGUGGUUAGGAGAGUGAGC